AUUCUUUCCCAUCACCUCCGGGCUGCUAGCUUUAGAACUUAGAGAAGUGGAGAAGCAUAAAGCAGCAGAGCAGAUAGACAAUAACCAAAUCAAGAAGCUAGAGGUUGAAGAAGGUAUAAUAGCUAGCUAGGGGAAGGGAUCCUCCAUGGGAAACAUCCUCAGGCGCUUAUUCAAGGGAGAUGGAGAAGACCAUCAUGACCAUGAUGGUGGUAGUGAUCACUACGUAGUGAUCCAUGCCGGCGAAUCAUGGGAUGAUCAGCCUGCAGCAGCCAGUACCACUCGGCGGCGCCAUGAUCAGCAGGCUCUAGGUCCCCAUGGCGCCAGGCCGGCCACCGUCGGCGUCGCCGCCCUGGCGCACGACAUCCUCAACUUUGAGGCCACAUCCACGAUUCCUAAAGGGCUCAUACGGCAUGGAAGAUCAUCCAAGAACACACAGGCUAAAUGGUACCAGAGUAUUUUGGAAGCAUAUAAGAAUACAUCACCACCGAAAACAUCGGCAGAGGCUGCCCAGCUAGUUGCAACAGCCCUAAGCUGGAUUCAGAGAGAUGAUUUGGAGGGUAUUCUUGCAUUUUACAACCUCCCGAUCCCAUCACUCCCUGCAGCCUCAGCAUCCUCAGGCCAUCAUCCAUCCUCACUACCAGAGGGCGUCAAGUUUGUGAUGAACACUUUGCCGGUCGACAACAGGUGCAUUGGAGAUGGUGAUGGCUUUAAUCCCUAUGUUAACACAACAGACCCGAGGGAGUCUGCGAAUGUGCCACUGAAAGUGCAUGAGAUGGUGAUUGCAAGGACUAAAGCACGCGCUCAUAAGGAUUACCAGAGGGCUGAUGCUCUUUUAAGUAGCAUUGAAGAAGCUGGAUACAAGAUACUGACCAUUUCAGGUGAAGAGAUACUUGCAAGGAGAUACCGAAUCAGAAUGAGGGGCAUUGAUGCACCGGAGCUUAAUAUGCCAUAUGGGAAGGAAUCGAAAAAUGCGUUGGUGAAACUCAUUGGCGGGAGAAGCGUCAAAAUUUAUGUGUAUGAGCAGGACAAAUAUGAGCGCUAUGUAGGCGACGUCUACUGUGAUAAUGUUUUCAUACAGGAGCAAAUGCUGAAGUGUGGUCAUGCCCACCAUUACGAGGCAUUCGACAAACGCCCAGAGUUUGCAAAGUGGCAGAGAGAAGCAGAAGAUGCACGCCUUGGGCUUUGGGCGUCAGGUAACCCCGAGAAGCCGUGGGAUUAUAAAAGAAACCAGCGCCGCGCAGCGCAGGCUGCAGGGCACGUUGCCAUUCAGGUCUACUAAUGGAGCUGAACUUGGAGUUUCCAGGUCUCAAAUGAUCCUAUAGCCACGCAGUUUGGUAGUGAGAUUCUCGAACAGCUUGCUGCAAAUGAAUGUGUAUGAGUGUCGGAAACCAAGAGCCAAAAUGUAUGGUCUAUGUUUGUGGGAAAUACCUUAUCAGAAGUGCUUUCAGUAGUGUGAACCUGGUAAUGUACAGAUGAGCUGUUGUCAGUAUCAA